GUUCGCGCCUGCAUAUAAUGUUCGGUUCUGUAUAUAAUGUUCGCCUGUAUUAAUGUUCUCGUUAUACGUUUCGAGCACAUCUGGCUUGACUGAAUUACCAUCGUUCUGUUAACUCGCAAUGGUUUCGUUUUCAAACCCAAAGCCGCAGCACCGGAUUGCCAGCCGAGAGACUAUGGCUGGGGCAGUUUCGUGUGCGUCUGCAGCUCUAAACAGUGCGACUUCGUCGGCGACAUCGGCGAUCUGCCGAGUGGAGCAGCGGUUGUGUUCGAGAGCAGCAAAGCCUGGCCUGAGGUUAGCCAAGACUGCCACGGCAUUCAACGAAACAACGGACACUACAGAUGACGACGCAAAGGUGCUUGUUAUCAACCCUUCAAAGAAAUACCAGAGUGUGCUUGGUUUCGGAGGUGCGUUUACUGACUCCGUCGGAAUAAACCUGAACUCUCUACCAAGCAACAUGCGAGAUGAUAUCUUGAUGUCCUACUACUCCAAGGAAGGAAUCGAAUACAACAUCGGCAGAAUCCCGCUGGCUAGCACUGACUUCUCUGUACGCAAGUACACGUACGACGACUCUCCCGACGACUUCGAGUUGAACAACUUUACCCUUGCCGCAGAAGACUUCGAUCUCAAGAUCCCCUACAUCAAAAAGGCCAUGUCCGUCUCGAGCGACUUCGUUUGGUUCUUCGGAAGUUCCUGGAGUAGUCCGGCAUGGAUGAAAACCAAUGAGAAGCUGGAGGGUCUAGGUUUCCUCAAGGGCAAACCCGGUGGGCCUUACUACAAGACCUGGGCAAAUUAUCAUGUCAGGUUCGUGCAGGAGUACGAGGAUCAGGGAGUUCCCAUCUGGGGUCUGACGACACAGAACGAGCCGACGUCGGGAUUUGUUCCAUUCUAUCCCUGGCAGACACUCGGUUUCACGCCGUGGUCUCAGAGAGACUUCGUCAAGAUCGAUCUUGGGCCGGCUCUGGAAGAUGCCGGCUAUGGAGCGGGCAAAGUGAAGGUCAUGAUCUUCGACGACAAUCGUCUCUUCCUUCCGUUCUGGGCUAACGUGGUCCUAAGUGAUGAUGAGGCAGCAAGGUACGUACACGGAGUUGCUGUCCACUGGUACAUGAACAAAUUGAUCGGCCCGUCUGUACUGGACGAAGUGAAAGAGACCUUCCCGGAUAAGUUUAUCCUGGCCACUGAAGCCUGCACCGGAUACAAGAUUACGACCAGGAGCAAAGUCAAGCUUGGCAGCUGGGAUCGCGCUGAGCAGUACGCCAGCGAUAUACUCGAGGACCUCAAUCACGGGGUGGCUGGUUGGACGGACUGGAACCUCAUUUUAAACACAGAAGGCGGGCCCACUUGGGUCGGAAACUAUGUCGACUCGCCCAUUAUUGUGAAUGCCACUGCUGAAGAGUUCUACAAGCAGCCCAUGUAUUAUGCCAUGGGCCACUUCAGCAAAUUCAUUCCGAGAGGCAGUAUCAGGAUUGAUUCGAAGCCUGGAGCAAAAUGGCAUCCGAGGCUUCUUUGGGAACGAGCUGGAGCACACAGCCUUCUUGAGACCGGAUUCGGCAGUCGCUGUGAUUGUUCUAAACAAAGGCAACAGCGAAACCACGCUGCACAUCAAAGACAUGAUUAACGGUGUCAGCUUUCAGAGGGUCAUCAAGAAACGCUGUAUAACAACGUUCAUCUGGAAACCUUAGAACCUUCGCCCGAUAUUAGACAAUCAUGCAGUACCACUGGCAUGACAUUCCAUUCAUUUAAGGCAGGAUGCAAAGCGUUUGCUUCGCUCUUUCGUUGUUUUUAUACAGCAAAUGUUUUCCACUCAUCUCAACCGAAGAGCAGGUGUGCCAGCAUACAUGGUGUCGGAAGGUCUAGGAUUGAAUUAAAGAAUGCUGAAAAAUAUGUUUCGGAUGGACUCGACCCCGGCUUAAAAGAUGUUUGGUUGCGGACUAUAGUAUUGAUCCAACGGAAACGGCGCAUGUUGCUAUCGCUAUAGUUAGGUUCUUCUUAGUUCUCAGUGUACAUAUCAGCCCGAGAUAAAUGGAUUAGUUUUUUAUUAUUUCGAAAGAAUUCAAGGAUUGGAAAGGUGCAUGAAUUACCCGGCGUAUACCAGACCUGUGUGUUUGAAAAACGCGGCCCUGGAUUGUCUGCGUAUUUAGUGAGGAAAAUGAAACGCGUUAGCACUGAAAGCAAUACAGUUGGACGACUUCCCACACAUGUGUUCGUCAUUACAUUCACUUGAAUUAUUGAACAAAUAUGUAUGCGUCGAGAGAAAUAUAGUGUGCGAAGCAGCGCCCCUUAGAUAUUAAGCCAUGGGUUGGCAGUGUAAAGCCAUGGAUGGAGUUUCUGUUGCGAUUAACUGGCGUCGAUUAGUGUGCUGAAAGCAGGGAUUCAGGGAUUACCACUGCAUAAGCAAACGGUAGCUUGCUUACACACUUUGCUUGCAAUCAUUGCCAACAUGACCUCAGUAGCCAGGGCAGAAUUUACACUGAAUCAAAUCAGAAUCAGCUAGCAAUAUACUUUUUUCUUGGGUAUAUGGACACCCAAGGGAGAAUCUUGAGGUAGUGAAUAGAACUAAUUUAUUUGAUAUAUAAAAGUUCACUGCUAAAUUACAAGCCGCAUAUUGCUUUGUAACUGGUGACAGAUAUGUGUAAAGUAUCUUUGGUAUUUCAAUAAGGAUACUCAAGAAGGUGUAUGAACAAACUGUCAGACAAAUGUCUCAAAUGUUGCAGGGAAAAUGUGCGAAACCCGCCAUGGUGGCUUAGCGGCUGUAGUGAUGCGCUGAUGCACGAGGACGAGGGAUCGAAUCCCAGCCGCGGCGGCCGCCUUUCCAUUGGAGCGAUAUGCAAAAACGCCCAUGUCCCGUGAAUUGGGGGCACGUUAAAGAUUUCCAGGUGGUCAAAAUUAAUCGGGAGUCUCCCACUAUACGACGUGUCUCAUAAUCAGAUCGUGAUUUUGGCACGUAAAACCCAGAAUUUAAUUUUUUUUAUGUGCGAGCUCCUGGCGCCAGUGAAAAUAGAGGCAAAUAUAAACUCGGUUCUUUUUUUUUACAAUUUCGCCUCGGGUCGCCAUAGGCUACACCCGCCACCGCCGCCUCCCACACCAAGAAAAGUAUACCUGCGUGCUGGCAACUCAUUUUGCAGGA